UCCAAAACUAGAAUUUACUGACUCAUCGUAACAAGUGGAGAAGCUAGCAGAAGAGUUUAGAGUAGUGUGGCUCUACUGUCCUGCUGGCUGCUUGUGUACGCUAGGGGCAGGGGAAAGCUCUAGAGAUGGAGAUCAAAUAGUUGGCCCUGGAGAACUGAAGAUACAACAAUGGGUACUGAUGACCAAAUCCUCAUCACCUUGUCUGGAGAGGGUCCCUGGGGUUUCAGGCUUCAAGGGGGCUCAGAGAAGAACUUACCUCUAACAGUGUCAAAGGUACGCAAGCGGAGCAAGGCAUGUCGAGGAGGACUAAGAGAAAAUGAUGAACUGAUCUCCAUCAAUGGGAAGGCUUGUACUGGGCUAACGCAUGCUCAAGCCAUGCUAAUGAUUGAUUCAAUAGGCGGUAGUCUUCACAUCCGUGUCAGAAGGGCAGCAGCUGGAGCACAGAGUGCACCACAAACCCAGAGAGUCCUUCCUUCCCCAAACAGCCCGAACCGCAUCAGAAGUCCCGACCCCUCACGUUCAUGGGCAGCACCACAAUCAGCUUUACCAACAUCUGCUCAGCCAAAACUGCUGCACCUGGAGAGCAUCACUUCUCCUCCAGACAGUGAAGCAUACUACGGGGAAACUGAUAGUGACGCAGACAUCCAAGCAUCCCCAGCUCAUCCACCAAGUAAUCAACAGCAUCACAGCCAGCAACCUUCUGCUCCAGAAAAGCACCGCAGGGCACGUAAAAAGAGUCCCAGGUCCCCACCAGGGAGCGGCAACAAGACAGAAUCUGAGCAGCAGUCAUUGUCUGAGAUGAGUGGAUAUGAUAGUGGACCUGGUGGUGUUGCUGAAUGUGCUUUACAGCCCACUGUAGGGGUGGCCAAACGUGAAAUUGUAUAUCAGCCUGGGGGAAGCAGGGCUGAAACCCCUUACUCUGAUGUGGAGGGCUUCUUGCCAUCAGAUGAUGUGGAACAAUUACCUCGUGUUACUUCUCCAUCACCUGAGUCUCUGCUGCUCCCACAUGCUAUCAAAAGCAUCCGAGCUGAGAGGCAUCUCAUUCCCAUGAUAGGACCAGUGGAGCAUCCUGUAGAUGAUGAUUUGACAACUACCUACGUAGAUAAAGCCAGAGAAGCAAAGCUGCACCGAAGUGAAAGUGUACAGGAGAAGAACGUUAAAGAUGCCAGAACUAAAUGCAGAACCAUUGCAUCUUUGCUGACAGAUGCUCCAAAUCCUCACUCCAAGGGCGUGCUUAUGUUUAAGAAGAGACGGCAGCGAGCAAAAAAGUAUACCCUUGUGAGUUACGGAAGUGUGGAUGAAGAUCGUUACAACGAGGACGAGGACGGUGUCUUUCCUACAAGUGAAUCAGAAUUUGAUGAGGAAGGUUUCUCGGAUGCCCGUAGUCUAACAAAUCACUCAGACUGGGAUAGCACCUACUUAGAUAUUGAAAAGCCAAACAUGGAUGAGCAGCAAGUAGACAAGGGAUUGACUGAGGCAUCAGGGAAAGGAGCUGAGUUAUUUGAGCUACAAAGACAGAGAUCGGAGCAAUCCCCUGCUGAUACUGUUCCUUUACAAAUUUCUGUUCCUUUACAACAUCCUAAAGAGAAUCAAACAACUCCAGUAGCUCCAAUCCGGAAAAAGAUGUUGAAUGGAAAUGUUAACUCUUUGAAUAAAACCCAAGAAAUAGGUGUUGCUGAAAGCCCAAAUGUAGCAAGCACUAAUAUAUCAACAACUCCUCCUCAGUCACAAUCCACUCAAGCAGAUGGUGUUCAAGCAGCUUCUGAAAUCUUUAAUAGAUCAGCACGUCCAUUUACUCCAGGUCAAAGUGGUCAGCGCCUUGUGGCAACAUCAGUUUUAUUCAAGCCUAGUUCGCCAAAAAAAUCGAGUGAAAUUCCAUCAUCCCAAAUCAUAACUCCAUCACCCUUCCUAUCAUUCAUCCCAGAGGCAUCUUCUAUUACUCCAGUUUGCUCUGUUGCAUCCCUUUAUAUCCCAGCACCUGGAAGGGCAGAUGCACCACCAACAAUUAAUCAAGUACAAUGUGAAAGAACUCCUGAAAAUCUAUCUAAUCAAACAACACCACGGACCACCACUGCUUCCAUUUAUCUGUCAACUCCUUCACGCCCAUCAGGAUCUCAAGCAUCAGUUACACAUGCAAAUGUCACCAAAUUAACUGAUUGUACUCCAGUGACUAAACCAAUAACACCUACUUCAUAUUUUACCCCGAACCCCAAACCUGCAAACCAGUCACUAGAUUCUGUGAACACAAGAGAACAGAGGAUUUCUGUUCCUGUUGGUCGUACUGGAAUCUUGAAUGAAGCACGCAGGAGAGGUGGGAAAAAACAGAUGUUUGCUAAAGUAGAAGAAAAAAAGUGCUUACCAAACCCUGAACUUUUAUCUAUGGUACAAAAAAUAGAUGUGAAACCAAAACAAGAGCAACCAGGUUUUGAGUCUGGGCCUGAAGAGGAUUUCCUUAGCCUAGGAGCUGAAGCCUGUAAUUUUAUGCAAUCCUCAGCACGCAAGUUUAAGGUCCCUCCACCAGUGGCUCCAAAACCUUUACAGAGAACACCAGUAAAUGAGAUUUUUAAUGGAGGUCAAGAUAUUCCACACCUAGGAGGUAAAGGAGCAGAGCUCUUUGCUAAACGUCAAAGCCGCAUGGACAAGUUUGUUGUGGACUCGACUCCUACAUCCAGAUCAAGGCCUAAUUCCAGGCCAAGAACACCCUCUCCUACCCCUUCUCUUCCCUUGUCUUGGAAAUACUCAUCAAACAUUCGUGCUCCACCCCCUAUUGCCUAUAAUCCCCUUUGGUCUCCAUUUCAUCCAUUAGCAGCAUCCAAAACGCAAGUUAACAAAGCUGAAAGCAAAGUUAAGAAAGGUCCGGCGGGUAAACCCAGAAUGCAGGCAAUUGAUUUUAUGAGACAUCAGCCUUAUCAGCUAAAAUCUGCGAUGUUUGUUUUUGAUGAUUCUUCUAACAGCACAAACCAGACUCCAACAAAAAUAGACACACAAAAAUCAAAUGUAUUGGCAUCACCUGCUAGACAAGUUCCUGUAAAAACUGCUAGAGCUCAUGAGAUAAAACGUUUCUCAACUCCAGUUCCAAUGUCAGCAUCAGUCAGUAUGACACCAACUGUGAUAGCUCCUCGAUCUGCAACUACUCUUGCAGAGCCAGUAUGGAGAACAGAUCUUACCUGCCAACCUAUGCCAUCAGUGGAUCCAUUACCUGCUCAAUACCAAGCUCCUAAACAGGAGAUUCACCAGAAUUACAUCUCUCCUAGCUACCAGAGUUCUGGUAUACUUAGCCCUACUAGUUCCGUUACUUCUCCCAGGUCAUCGAGUUCAAUGUUCCAGGUUCCAAAGCCGAAGUUCAUUGCAGCCAAAACAGGGAUGCAGGCUUCUGUUUGGAGGCCAGCCAAAGUAAAGUUCUAACCAGGAAUUUAGGCUGAAAAGGUUAAUGGAAAUUUAGAUUGCUUAAUUAAUUUGAGUUUUGCUUAACAAUGUGUAGUUAUUGCAGGACACAUGCUUCUUAGAUAAAGACUUUAAUGUUCCAGCUGCCUUAAAAAAAAAAAAACAACAAAAGAGAAUGCAACAUUCAAAUGAAGAAGAUAAAGGAAUGAGAUGUUUCUUGAUUGACCAGCCAAAGACAAGUUAUGAUGAACUAGUCAGUAAAGUUAAAGUAAUUAAAAGGACUCAGUGUGACUUAUAAAGAACAAAACUUUGAAUUACUUAGUUUUGUAAUGAGGAUGUACACAAAAGAGCUUAUAUGACAUGGAUUAUGUGAAGAUGUUGGCUACAGAUUGAUGCUGUAAUAAACACAAAGACUGGGGCUGAAUAAAGAACGGGUUUAAAUAAUGUGCAGCUGCUUCCAUCCUAAGGGGCAACAGGAUCCACAAAAACCUUAAACCUCUGGCUCUCAAUGAGGUUUAAUAAUCUUUGAAAGAGACAUAGAUGUGCAUUCUUAAAUACUGUGACCGUCCUUCUAUCCUUCUUUCCUCAGUCACAUAAAUGUGCAUGAAGCUACUGUCCUGCCUUAUUUUAUGACACCGAAGCCCAUUUCACAUAUUGCCAUAAUAUAUAUUCAGAGUGUGUUGUAUAAAGCAGAAGUUUCAUUUGCUCUGUGCAUGGCUGCUGUGUUUUGCUGCAUAAAUAAUGUGAACCACAUGGCAUCAUAUCUUUUGUGAUGGUUUCAUAGAAUGAAUCUGAUGCUUUCAUGUACACUAUGCAAGUGCAUAUGUUAAUAUGUUUGUUUUGUAGUUUGUGCAUGAAUUUUUGCAUUUACGUGUUAGCAAGAACAUUGUGCUUGCCUUAUGAUUUAAAGGGGACACCACAAAUAAUGUAUAGUGCCUUCAGUGUGUUGUAGACAGUAGUACAUUAAGUAUCUUAAACUCUUUGGGGGGAAAAUGCUGAGAUUUUUGUUUUAAGUUACUAAGUAAAUCACUAUCUGGGGAGUGUCUAAUAACCAGAUAGAUGCUUUGAAAGCUAGGCUGAAAAGGGGCUGUGCUUGGUAAAGUAGGUAAAAAACAAAUAUAUAGGAAAACAAUCAGUUAGAUUACUGCUCUCUACUAUAUACUAAAAGUAUGUUUAUUUAGGAAAUUACCUCUUGAAAUAAUUGAGAUGAGAAUAUUUUACCACUAGUUGAAUUUUCUGAAAAUCCUUUGUAGGAUUCUAGACACUUUAGAGCUAAAGCAUGAGCUAGAUUUUUUUCUGCUGAAUUAGCUCAGGGCCAAAUUGCCUUAGGGUAACAAGUGUUAAUAGUCAUGGAGCACAAUUAUAGCGCUAUAGAGUGCCUUCCCAAAAAGUGACCAACUGUUGUAUAUUCAUAUAGUACAAUUUAUAAAAUUAUUGGUUUUGCAAUGGAAAUAAUUAUAUUGGUAGCCUCCCCAAACAAAAAUGUCACCCUCCUCGUGUGCUAAGGACAAGAACAAAAAGUAUAAAAAAAAAUACACAUUUCAUUCAUUAUUCAUCAUUAUUAGCUUAUGUAAAACAGCAAAAAAAACCAAAUAAGGUCCAUUUCUUUAAUUGAACACGUGAGAUUCAAUUUGGUUAACAAACUGUCCCCCAUAGUUAUUAACACCAUGCUAGUGUUGCUAAAUUUUAUACCAUGCUGCAUGCUAUUCCACAGUCCUUCCCCAGAAGCUACUAAAUUGAAUGAAGAGCGCUUUAUGUGUUUUGCAUAUGAUAUUUGGCAUUGGUGAGAUAUAUUAUGGAGAUAUAGUAAGGACCUUUUGCACACACGUGUCUCCAGAUCCUGAAACAGGUACGCUUCUGAUUUUGGAUACUGUAAGCAAGUUUUUAUACAUGUAGUUAAUUGUCAUAAGAUAAAAUUACUGAGGUUUGUAAAAGACACAGGCUUUCAGCUUUCAAAAAUACCACUAGGAUGGAUGGCAGCAUCAAAACUCAACCCUCUAGCAUUUCAUCUGUAUGGCUACUCUGUAAUACAAAUACCUGGAGAGCAAUGUAGUUUAUAUAAAAUGUUGGUGCGACUUCUGGUGAGAGCUAGUACUGGCUCCUUAACAUUCAAUGGGAUAUUAGUUUCUGCACGGAAGCUAGGCCCCUGACAUCAUAGAUGCCCCUAGGUGAAAAAUAUUUAACAAUUGUAUUUAGGUAUUUUAUCCUUCAAAUCUUAGUGACUACAAUCCCCACUAUCAGCUGAAAACUAUGCCUGGGACAACUGCUAUUAUACACCAUAGAAUUUCUUUGCAAGAUGCUCCAGUGCAUGUGGUACAAUGCAUGUAGUCUCUGCACAAUGGAACUGGACCAACCAAGGGAUCACCAACCAAGAUAUAUUUCUGAAAUGAACCAUAGAAAUGAAGAUCCCGUAUUGCAUUUUUAACCGGGAUUUAGAAGAUCAAAUGUAUACUUUAUCAGCCACCAAUCUGCAGAGUAGGAAGAUUACAAUUAGUAUAAACAGCAUUGGGAUUCCUUAACUGGUUUAGGAAAGUAAGGUGUUAUAUAUAUAUAUAUAGACAUGAGAAGGCUGAGAAUGUGUUGUUGCAAUUAAAAUAAAGCACACAAGGCAGACACGUAUUUAAUACUUUUAAAAGUUGUUCAAAAGUCUCAGGCAACUAACACAAUUAGUCCUGAUUUAUAAGGCUUAAAUAGUUAGAUAUAUUUUUUUAUUAAUACUAUAAAAAUUACUAAAAGCUUUAGAGAUAGGUUGUGGAUUUACAACAAGCAAAAUGAAUUCCCUGCCAAGAAUUUAGUAUUUCUAAUUUACUAUAAUUUUUAAAGAUAAAGUAAUGGCUCACAAUGGGUGCUUUAAGAUUCUGCGUUUUUAAAUAGCCCAGAAGCACAUGCAUCUGCUCCUACAAUAUGGCAGACACUUGACAAGCAUUUGUACAAGUGUUUGUCAGUUGAAGUCUACUGGGCAGUGACAUAACUAGAUAUUACUGGGACCCACGGCAAAUUAUUUUUCAGGCCCUCAAAAUGUCUAAAGCUUGACCUGUUUUACCAAUAUGUAUUGAAUUAGGGCUUCAUGGGACCCCCUAUACCUCCUGGGCCCCCUGCAGCCGCAGGGUCUGCUUCCUCAGUAAUUACGACCCUGCUACUGGAAGCUUUUUGGGCAGCUGUAAUGCCAUGUAUUUGGACUACACAGCAUUUAAAGCACCUAAAAGAGCCAGAAACCGUAGAACACAGAACUGCAUAGUAUGAAAUGUUUUAAAAAGCAGUGCAUUCAUUUCCCAGAUGAGUAUGGAGUUUUAUAAUUCGUUCCAAAUACAAACUGUAUUCUGAGAUGUUUAGUGUAUAUACAUGUAUGGAAAUAUUCCACGGCACCCUUUUAACUAGAUGUCUACCUUUUUGUUUUUAUUGCUCCACUUUCUCCACAUCAGUAAUUUCAAUAAAGAAAAUAAAGCUUGCCUAAUGAAAAACAGAAUUCAGUAACUAACUGAGAUUCUUGUAGACCAGAGAUGCACAAUGCUCAGGUCUAGCAGGAUAAGAUUACCAAAUAAUCAUGAUGUUUAUCACCUAAACAGAGCACUCUGUUGUAUUACAACCCCUAAGGUCCUGCAUGGUUAUACAUACCAAUCUGGGAAAAUGUGUGUUUCUGUGCUCCCUCUCUAGCUGGAAUUGGUUGCCAACUGCUCAUCAGAUGGCGUGCCAUAAAAACAAAAAAAAGUGAGGAUGUUGUAAUUAAAUAGGUGCUUUCAUGUUUUGUGUUUAUAAUGAUUCAGGUCAUGUUGUUCCUUAAUUCACAAGCAGUAUGAAAUAAACAAUACCAUUGUAUAGAUGGGAUCAGGUUUGUAAAUGGUAAUAAUUUGGAUACUCUGCUCCCUAAACAUAUUUACACUCUGUUGCUUUGGUAGAAAGAUUUUUAUUUUGUUUAUGUACGGAAAUAAACUUGUGUGGUGCUUCUUA